UGACGAUUUACAUACCAACACUGACCACCAAGCACAAAAGAGGAUGUCGUUCAGCAGUCCAGUGGGAGAGAGUGAUGGUUUAAUUCUCACAAACGAUGAUUUGGCAGAUCCACUCAACUCUGACGAAUCCCUCGACAAACGUGGCUCCUUGUUCCGAUUCGGAAAACGACAGGGGAGUCUUUUCAGAUUCGGCAAAAGAGGGUCUCUUUUCAGGUUCGGAAAACGUCAGGGAGGCACUUUGUUUAGAUUCGGAAAACGAGGUGGCGCCCUCUUCCGCUUCGGCCGCAGCAACGCAGCACAAAACCCAUGGGAGAGCAAUGCCGACGACAAGAGGACACUCUUUCGAUUUGGCAAAAGAUCAGAUGUUGAUUUACUGGCCGAAGUCCUGGCGCAGUACGAGCAAGAGAACACUGCUGAAAACAAACGGGGAAUAGACAGUUUUCAUUGGGGAAGCGAUUCAGAGUAA